AUGUUGUAUGGUAAUGCCUCCAAGGGGGCUAUAUUCGCCACCACGUUGGUGAUGCCCACGAUCGCGAGUUUGAUGACGAGUCUGCGACUGUAUGCGAGGCUCGGAGUGAGCAAGAACGCUGGUCGAGAUGAUGCGUUCAUCAUAGCAGCUGUGCUGUUCUCUUGGGCAACUACCAUAACGAUGAUUGCACAAGCCGAGGAAGGGAUGGGAUUGCAUCAAUGGACGCUGAGCCCUCAUACGGCGAAGCUCACUUUGAGAGCAUUUUGGGCAAUGAUCAUUGUCUAUAAUCUCUCACUGCUUUGCACGAAGCUGUCGAUUUUAUGCCAAUACCUCCGCAUCUUUCCUCAAAAGUCCGUUCGGACGGCAACGUACGUCGUCAUUGGAAUCGUCUCGUGCUACGGCAUCUGGAGGCUCUUCUCUGCCAUAUUCACCUGCAACCCCCCGGCCGCCUUCUGGGACCAUUCGAUCAAGCAGAAGAAGUGUCAGGACCGUCUGGCACUGUCACUGGCCAGCACCAUACUCAACAUGACUACGGACCUUAUGAUUGCGUUGUUACCACUGCCCUACAUCAACAACCUUCAGCUUCCCCGGCGCCAGAGGUACGCUCUCGUGGCGGUGUUUGCGCUAGCUGGCGCCGUAGUCAUUGUAUCCAUUCUGAGGCUCCCCUCCCUUUAUCACCUUAUGGAGUCGAAGGACACCACGUGGGAAAACCCUAUGGCAGUCAUAUGGAGCACGAUCGAAAUCAACGUGGCGAUCAUCUGCUCAUGUCUGCCCACACUCCGAUGUCUUUUCCCGAGGCUGCUCAGG